GUGUGAGUCACGCGCGCACUCAGCUGCACGCAGUCAGCAGACAAAUACAACACAAUUGUAUAAGAAGCGCAUUCGUCACUUCUCUCAAGUCAUGAGAAAGAAAAUUUUUUAUUAUCCGUAAUUAAGAACGUAAUAACUCACUAUUUUGUAUCAUCACAAACCAGUUAGUUGCCGGCGUUCUAUAGCACCAGCUACAGAGGGAGCAUCACAAUUUUGAGACGAUCCACGAACUGAAAUUAAUUUCUUCCUUCUACUUAAUUUCUAGUCGAUUGGACUAUCCAAAGACAAGAUGCGUGUUAUAGUAUCCUUUACGAUGUGCAUGCUGGGGCUGGGGCAGGAGGGACUAUGUCGCUAUAAGGACUGGAAGCCGGUGUCUGCAGACCCUGCCGUGUUGGCCACUUUGAAGGGUCAAAACAGCUCCCGCAUUCUCGGGUCCCGAAUGCAAUGCUGGAGCUGGGCUUCUGCAAAGGACUGGACUUUUAUAGCCUGUUACAUUCCUCUUACUGGUUUGUUGGGGAACUGCACCCUGUGGGAUGACAAGCCCAUCAGAAAUGGGCAGGUGAACCUGACGGUCUCAACAGGAUCAAACAACUGCAUGGCUGUCUUCGGGACUGACGCUUGUGUCCUGCCGGGAAAUUCCCUCCUGAAGGUCGGAGACACGCGAGCCAACCCGUUCUGCACGAACCUGCAGGAGAUUUGCCUGCCCAGUGGCAUGAUGGACGUGAAUAAACCAGUCGCUCCUCUUCAAAACUGCACUGCACCCUUCACUGUCUCUGGUGGCAUGUGUCUCAUGGUUUCCUCGCUCUCGAAUAAGAAAAACUGGUGCUACGCGCGUGCAUACUGCCUGUCUCUGGGAGCUGACCUCGCCACCGCGCGCUCCGACCAAGAUUUCGCACAAAUGCAAACGCUCUGGAAGUCAUACGGAAUGACAGAUCAGUACAUGUGGCUAGGCAGCUACAAGGUCGAUGGACAGUGGAUGUGGCUCAACAGUUACAGGAACCCGGGUACCAUGCCAGACUGGUAUCCUGGACAACCCGACGGCGACAACUGCGGUCAUCUCUACACCUCUGAUGCCAAGUUAGCGGAUGUCAACUGUGCUGAAUCACAUGUCUUCAUGUGUGGAGCUUUUCUCGCUCAGUAGCUUUGACAUGAGAAGCUGGUCAAGCGGCUUUCAUCGUUGGCCGUGAGGUUAUACAAAAAUUAACCUCGAACUACAGUACAUUGCUGAACACAAUAUCGAUAAAAAUUUACUAACAAAACAAAAAUCACUCAAUUAAUCUUUUAACACUCGAAAAUUAAUUGAGUGAUUUUAACACUCAAUUAAUUAAUCUUUUAACACUCGAAAAUUGCAGGAGCUGUGCACAAGCUCAUCUUUCUAUUUUUGCCCAAGGAGCGUUUGCAAGGUAGUCAGAUUAAAUCACCAGAUCUACGAUAUAUUUUAGAGAAUUCAUAAGUCCUGACUGAGCGAGUCCUUCAAAAGUGAAGUCUACCUUGGUUAAUGUUAACUAUAGGAAAUGACGGUGGAAAAGCAGGCAUUUCAAUUAGGUUACAUUUUUCAUGUGUCAUGGCGGUGUAGUUAUGGCAAGGAAUAUAGUUUUAGAAGCUUCAUUUAGGUUCGUUGUCGAAUUGGGAUUAAUUGAUGUUGUAGACUAAUAUUUGCUCCUUGUUCUCUGCAUUUUCAUGUUUGUAAGUAGUACUUUACAUUAAGGCGUAGUUUUUACAGCUGUUAUUUAAAUUUUUUGUUCGUUCAGCCCCGACCAGGAACGUCCCGUGUGUGUGCUGUGCAAGGGACAUUGACUGCGUACUGGGGACGUAAUAAUGGCAAGCGUCCGACUUUAAUAGGCCUGUUAGUGGUAGCUUCACAUCCUACAUUGAUCAUCGUUAAAAAUCAUGAGUCUCAAAAAUGAAUUAAUCUUCGUUUCGAAUUGAUAGUAAAGUUUAGGGAUUCCAGAAUACGUACGAAUCAUUUAUUUCAAUGAGAUAAAACUUCUAGUCUCCAUUAUAAAAUUGAUGAACAAUUAUUGUGAUCAUUUUUUUCAACCCAAAAUUUGUUGCUUUUUACGCGAAAAUCAAGUUUGUUGUGGCAGGCAAUUCCGUCUUGAAAUCGAAAAAUUUAUCAAAUUAUCAAUAUUAUAAUUAUAGCAUAGAUAUCAUACUUAUAGCGCAGCUAUCAUAAUUAUAGCACAGCGUUCAUAAUUAUAGCUCAGCUUUCAUAAUUAUAGCACAGCUUUCAUAAUUAUAGCAUAGAUAUCAUACUUAUAGCGCAGCUAUCAUAAUUAUAAGCACAACUAUCAUAAUUAUUGCACAGCUAUCAUAUAUAAUUAUAGCACAGCUUUCAUAAUUUAAGCACAGCUUUCAUAAUUAUUAUAGUACAGAUAUCAUAACUAUAGCACAUCUAUAAUUUCAAUUAAAUUCAUCUACAUCCUCGUUUCUGGUGAUUUUUGACAGGUAAUAAAGACAUGAAGAUAGUUUUCUAAAAUGCAAUUUAAUAUUAUCCGCUGUCAUCAGUUUUCAUGGAGCUAUCUAUGGAGUGACCACGUGUAUCAAAUUCUCUUGACAAUUUCAGAAUGAUCGACCUGAACUCUGUAGAGGAAAUAGAUUUAAUUUAUUGCUAUAUAUAUAAUUUUUGAGUACUUAGAUAUUGUUCAACGCUCACAUGUGUCUCAGAAUGCAUAUUCAGCGUGAAAUGCUACGA